UUGGAAGUGAAAUAUGGAAUAUCGUGAAAUUAAUCGUUGUUUAGACGCUUUUAAAUGUAUUAAGGUCGGUGAAAAAUCAACAGUCGGUAGUUUUGUAACUUUCUGUGAUGCAUUAACUAUCUGGAUAAACAAACCUCAUGUUGUAAAUCGGCGACUUUGUGGUUCAAAAGUUGUGUAUCAAGACAGCACGAGAGAGACCGACAUUCACAGUUUUGUAGACAGAUGUUUAUUAUCGUCCAGAAACUACCAACCAACACAUAAAACUGAUGAAGUAGAAGAAGUUCCACCCCUCUCAUCUUUGGUGGAUAUGAAGUUUUAUUUUAUUAUUCGAGAAUUUUUCUACAAACAACAGAACCAAAUACCAACAAAAGAGGCCAUUAUAAUAGAUUUUGGAAAUAAAAGUGCAACAUUCCUACCAGUUAAUCAUCACAAGAGAGAUAGUGAGGGGGACUGUGAUAAAAAUGUUGCAGUGCCAUAUCAGUUGUGCUUUAAACAUGAAAGCAAUCAAACAUGGAUAAUCUUAAAUACAGACACUAAAUUAGCCGAGUCAGAGAAUGGGUAUAUUGACUGGCUAAGAACAACUUUGUUGACAAAACUAGUCAAUUGGAGUUCUGAGAAAAAUCUCAGAACCUCAGUUACUUCCCUUAGAUUGGUCCCUGUCGACAGGUACAACCAACUCUACAACAGUCUCAAGGACAAAUAUGGCAGGAAGUUUGUCAAGAUAUGGCCAGAGAAAACAGAUCCACAGAAGUUUGUAUAUGAAGAUGUUGCUAUUGCCACUUAUUUAUUAAUCAUAUGGGAAAUACAAAGGAAGGAGCAAAAUCGUGAAGAAUUACAGAGUUUUGUGGACUUGGGAUGUGGAAAUGGAUUACUAGUUCAUAUUCUCCAGUCGGAAGGGCAUCCUGGUCUGGGGUUAGAUGUAAGGAAAAGAAACAUAUGGGACCUCUAUGGUGAUCAAACUAAACUGAAGGAAGAGAGUAUUACACCAUCAGCAGAGAGUACUUUCCCUGAUUUUGAUUGGCUUAUUGGAAAUCACAGUGAUGAAUUAACUCCGUGGAUUCCAGUCAUAGCUGCAAGGUCCUCCUAUAGGUGUAGUUAUUUUGUCCUGCCCUGCUGUCACUUUGACUUUGAUCGUAAGUUCAGCCAGAGGGAGGCUAACGAGAGUAACUACAGAUCGUACCUGAACUUUGUGCGUGAGGUCGGGGAGGUGUGCGGCUUCACUGUCAUGGAGGAUACUCUAAGAAUUCCAUCCACAAAACGAGUUUGUUUCAUUGGUAAAAACAGAAAUUAUAAGCCUGAAGAAAUCAACCUUGUUGAUGACAGAAUAGCAAACUACAUAAAGUUAAGAAGUUCAAGGUCAUUGUCAUCAGACAGUGAUGGCAUCCCAGCCAAAAAACAGAAGACAGACGAUGCCUGGUCAGUAGGAUUUACCCCACGGCCGAGUGAAGAGAAGUCACGUAACUGUAAAACUGUGGCUUCAGAGACUGUGAAUCACAUUGUGAGGACGGUGUUUGAUGUGUUACUAAACAGUCCAGACUGUGAGGAGAGGCAGUUAGAGGGGGGAAGGGUGUGGAGGAAAGGAGGCAAGAAGUGUCUUGGUGAUGUUGUGAAACUGUUUGAUAAGGAUGUCCUGAAACAGUUGAAGUCAGAGUGUGGUGGACUACAGACAUUGCUUAGGAACCACAAUAGUGUAUUUAAUGUGUCUGGCGGCUCAGUUCAAUUGAGGGAUCUGACUUUGGAUGAACCAUACAGCAAACACUCUAAGUUAUCAAAGAAGGAUAAAAGUCAACAUUUUAAAACUGUACAGUGCUGGUUCUAUAACAAUCACCCUGAUGGUUGUCCACUAACAGCAGAGAAAUGUCACUUUGCUCAUGGAAAACAAGACAUGAAAAUAAUGGAAACAGCCAAUAAAUAGCAUUGUUAAAGAUUUACUGUGUCAUUUGUUUUACAUUUGUUUUACUCAUU